AUGUCGGACCCGCUCCCAAUUUGGGGCAUGUACUCGGCUAAGGGUGCAGCAGCAAGAGCUGAAGCCAAGCCCCGACCCCUCCACUUCUUGAGCCUGGCAUGGUACCUAACAGUUGCUGACAUGGAGGCAGAAACCUUCAAGCACUCCAUCAUGGGUCUCUUGCUAACUGAUCUGCCUCAGGACGUACUGAUUGCAAUUUUCAUAUGUUUGACUGUUGAGGACAUUCUCUCUUUGAAACAGGAUCCACAGACUAUAUCUGGCAGUGUGGGUACAACAAUUCUGCUGGGUGCAGAAAGUGUUGGGUCUUGCUGCCUGCUGCUAUACCUGCAAGGAGGUGCAUUCAACCCUAGAGGGUUUCUGGACUAG